AUGAAGCUUUUUAUUCCGCUUCUUGCGACACUUUCCUCAGCUGAAACCGACUGCAACAAAGUCCGACGCUUCCUAUACCCAGAUGCAGCCGACUGCCCAAAUGAGAUGAAAUGUUCAGGCGAAUACGCUUGCUCUGUGGACAAGGACUCUUGUGACUUGUACAAAUGCGUUUCUGCUAGUAAUUGUCCAACUGGCACUACCUACGCUGUCUUCAAUCCUCAAGGAAGCACUGGUAGUGGAUCUGGACACGAAUCGAACGAUGUUGAAGGCUAUUUUUGCGACCCUGAUGGACUCACCUGCGGUUUCGACAACGAUGGAAACUUCUACAUCGAUGCUGUCGUCAAAAACAGGCAACCAUGGAUCGACGGACCUGACGAUGACGAUGAAAAACGCAAAGUUACACUCAUCUCUAAAACUAAACACGAUCUGCACGUACCCAACACUCCUUUCAAACAAUUCCACGACAGCACAUGUGUCGGCGAAGAGAUCCAAGGUGGAAGUAAAGUCCGAUUCACGAAACAUGUCAACGAUCCAUUGUGCAAGGAUGAAUUCGACUUCAGCCACAUUUUCAGUGAAAUUAAUGGCUUGACCUACAUUGUCGACUUUUACAUCGGAUUUGACGAUUACUGGGUUGUAAACGAGUUUGGUUACGAAGGAAUUCUUCGAGGCGGCGUUUCCAACCAAUUCCAGUGCCGCUUGAAAGCGUCUGACAAUGGCUGGAUUGAUCCAAAUCCAGAAUCCAGCAGAGAUUACGAUUGGUUUGAAUAUGAUGGUGACAUCCCCUUCUCAUUAACCGCAUUCGUCGAUCAAGAAUUUUCGGAAGAGUACAAAGGAGGAAUUAUCGAACUUGACGAUGAUAGCAGAAACAACGGACUCUUUGUGGAAGCUAAACACUACGCUAGCGAUGUAAGCGAGCUCGAGUCUCACAUCAUGCAUCUCAGAGAAUGCACAAGCAACAACUUUCAAAAAAUCGGCGAAGACGAUGCUGGCAAUCCCAUCUUCGAGGACACUCCCUCUGGAACCUUCGCCUUUUUAAAUGAUGGCUGCAUCGACAACGAAAUCUUUUACUACUCACAAAAAUCCUCACGAAGUGAGUGGACAUCAAAGGCCAACACAUACGUGAAUGAUCAAUUCAAUUUGAAAGUGAUGGAUCUCAACGGCGCAUGGAAGAUCAAAUACUCCUGCGACAUGGUCCUCUGCCCUCUUGAUGUCUUCGGGAAAACUAACCCUGGAUCACCCUGUCACUUGUCCGAAGUGUGCCCGAAUCGAUACGACAAUCUCUUCCACAGCAGAUACGCGAAAAAGUCUCUCGCAAGAAAUGACGAUAAGGUUCCGAUCAAAACGUUCCAAGAGGAGGGAGUCAUUCUCUUCUCCGAUGCAGCCGACACCGGAAGUGGAACAUUUGCGCUUGGAUUCAGCUUGGUAAGCCUCCUGAUGUUUACUUUUUGA